AACGGCUGCGGACACCCGGGCGCCGGAGAGCCGAGCGCCGCCGCCACCUACGAGAUGGAUCAGUGUGUGACGGUGGAGCGCGAGCUGGAGAAGGUGCUGCACAAGUUCUCGGGCUACGGGCAGCUGUGCGAGCGCGGCCUGGAGGAGCUCAUCGACUACACGGGCGGCCUCAAGCACGAGAUCCUGCAGAGCCACGGCCAAGACACUGAAUUGUCAGGGACACUUUCACUUGUCUUGACACAGUGCUGUAAAAGAAUAAAGGAUACUGUUCAAAAAUUGGCCUCAGACCACAAAGACAUCCACAGCAGUGUUUCUCGGGUUGGAAAAGCCAUUGAUAAGAAUUUUGAUUCUGACAUUAGCAGUGUGGGAAUAGAUGGCUGCUGGCAGGCAGACAGCCAAAGACUUCUCAAUGAGGUGAUGGUGGAACACUUCUUUCGACAAGGAAUGCUGGAUGUGGCUGAGGAGCUCUGCCAGGAAUCUGGUCUUUCUGUAGACCCCAGUCAGAAAGAACCAUUUGUGGAGUUAAAUAGAAUAUUAGAAGCAUUAAAAGUCAGAGUUCUGAGACCUGCUCUGGAGUGGGCGGUAUCAAACCGAGAAAUGCUUAUUGCCCAAAACAGCUCCUUGGAAUUUAAGCUACAUAGACUGUAUUUUAUUAGCUUGUUAAUGGGUGGAACUACAAAUCAGCGAGAGGCAUUGCAAUAUGCUAAAAAUUUUCAGCCGUUUGCCCUAAAUCAUCAAAAAGACAUUCAGGUUUUGAUGGGAAGCCUCGUAUACUUGAGACAAGGGAUUGAGAACUCACCAUACGUUCACCUGCUUGAUGCAAACCAGUGGGCUGACAUCUGUGACAUCUUUACACGGGAUGCUUGUGCCCUCCUGGGGCUGUCCGUGGAGUCCCCUCUCAGCGUCAGUUUCUCAGCAGGUUGCGUGGCGCUGCCUGCUCUAAUUAAUAUUAAAGCUGUGAUUGAACAGAGGCAGUGCACUGGAGUUUGGAACCAGAAAGAUGAAUUACCCAUUGAAGUGGACCUUGGUAAAAAGUGCUGGUAUCACUCUAUAUUUGCCUGUCCCAUUCUUCGUCAGCAAACAACAGAUAACAAUCCACCCAUGAAAUUGGUCUGUGGUCAUAUCAUAUCAAGAGAUGCCCUGAAUAAAAUGUUUAACGGUAGCAAAUUAAAAUGUCCAUAUUGUCCAAUGGAACAAAGUCCAGGAGAUGCCAAACAGAUAUUUUUCUGAAGAAAUAAUUUUAAUUUGCAAUUUGUAAGUGAAACUGAAUUGUGGAUGCGUUUCAGAAGAGAAUGUUCCAUUUAAUGCAGCUAACCAAGGACUCCCGUGUUUAUAUAAGCUAAUGCUCUGAAAACUUUGCCAACAUUUUAGUGCACACACUGAGGGAGUGUUCCAGAUGAAUAUUACCAUAGGGCUUUAUUAUAUUCUUGGUCUUUAUUUCUGAUCAAGUAAAUACACCAGCAGUUGUCAUUCAAUGCAGGUUUUUGUACUUAAUUAUAUGGUGAUUUUUUUACUUUUUAAGAGCAGAAACAGAAAUUGACCUCCCGCCAUGUGAUUAGUAUUUCUCCUGCUUUUACUUUUGUCAUUUUCUUGAUAACUGUAAGCUUUGGGAGUGUUUGUGAAAAAGUUUUAUUUCCUGUUACAUGUACAUAAUUAAAUGAAAAUUCUUCAUAAAAAGUUUGAAAAACUGAAUUGUGGUUAUAAAACUAAUUUUUUUUUGCUUAAGGAAGAAAGCUGUGAUAGGUUUCAAGUUUGCUUUUUAAUCUUUUACUCUGCUCCAGUUCUCACUGAAAAGUCAGCAGAUCUGCAUUUCAGCUCUGCUGGUAGCCUGGCUGCCUGUUUUUAAAAUUCCAUCAUGAAUUUAGCAGGUUGGCGUGGGAAGUCUUCCGCUAGAAUAGAGUGGAAGGAGCACUAUUGUUUCUUUGCUUUUAUUGCCAAGAGGUGCUUGUUUUAGAAGUGUGUUCAAUAAAAUGAAUUUCUGAAGUUAGAAGUGUUCUUAAGUUGAUAUUUGCUCUCUUGGUCUUAGUAGCCCUGUUCUCUGAAAUUUGCCUUCAGGACUUGGCUGUCUGUUGCAUUUGUAUAUCAUUGCAGACACAGUAUUGUGUGUGUAUAUGUGCACCAGCAUCAAACAUUGUGCAUCUUGGAAGGGAAGAAGCAUGUUCCAGUCCUAAAAUGCAGUAACCAGAGUCAUUAUUUUAAAUCCUUAAAGUUAGAAUCUAGCAAAUUUUCUGUAGUGCAGAAUAUGUUUAUUGUUGUUUUUGUAUUUGAAUGGUAUACUGUUCUGCCUCUCCUGCAGCGUGUAUCAUCUCAUUGACUGUGAAUCUGUAUAUUAUUCUAAUGGAUACACAAUGAUCUUUUCUCUUAUGAGGUAUCUUCAUUUAAUGCACUAUCCAGAAAUAGCCAUGUGUCAGAGUCUUUCUCUGUAUGACGAACUACAUGGAAAAGACUUUUCGUGGACAUAAUUCAAACAAACCUGUUAAGUUACUUCAUUAUAAGAAGAAUGUUAUAUGGAUAUCACCAAAUAUUUUGCAACUUUAUUUCACCUGACAUGGAACUGAACAUCAAUAUAGGAAAUCUUUCAUGAGAAAAUGAAAAAAGAAGAAAACAGAAGCAAAGAGAACCAUGACACUUCACAUUUUAAACUAUAGUUCGACUUAGAUUAGGGGGAGGGAGAGAAUGGAUUUGGUGCUGAGUUCAUUGGAAAGUGGCAGCAUUUGCAGUAGUAUACCAGCUUGGAUGGUUGGCCCUGACAUGCUUACCUGGGAGACUUGGGUUUUGUUGAUAAAAUCGGGGGUGCUGCAGAAAGUCCUCCUUGACUGAUGUGUGUGGCCAGGCUUAGGUGGAGGGCUACUGUGUGUAGGUGAGCCAGGAAUCGUGGUCAGCCUGCUCAGAGUGCUUGCUUUGUUCGACCUCAGUCAGCCUCACAGCGACUUUUGCUCCGUGUUUCUGCUUUCGUGUUACAGCCCUCUCUAAAGUUCGCCCUCUGUCCACUGAAGCAGUGAAGGAAGAAAGCAGAGAGAAGCAGCCCCUUGGACUCCAAAGGAAGGUGGAAAAUUCAAGGCUGUACUCUGGUUGAGGAUGUAAAACUGGUUUACUAUAUAUUUUUUUCCUUUGAAUUAAAACCCAGAGUGUCUUUUUUGUGUAAGUUUUUUCUUGCUAGGCCAGAUUUAGCUUUAUUCGUAGAGUAUUUGUUCUCACCUACCACCUCAAACACCUACGUGGCAUUUAGGCUUCACACAGGGUUUGAACAGUGCGGACGUUGCUCUAGAGCAGGGGUGGGGAACCUUUUUCCUGCCGAAGGCCAUUUGGAUGUUUAUAACAUCACUCGAGGGCCAUACAAAAUUAUCACCUUAAAAAUUUGCCUG